GAGCAGCGCGGCCCGGGCGGCGGCGGAGGUGUGCGGGGGUCCCGCCGGUAGAGAUCUUAUAGCCCAAAGAUGUCAAGGCGUAGUAGCCGUUUGCAAGCCAAACAGCAGCAGCCACUGUCCUGUCAAGAAGAGGCUCCACAAGAACUGCAGGCACUAGAUUAUGUCCAGACCAGAAAAAGGAGAACAGCAGAGCAGGAGAUUAAGAAAAGAGAAGAUGGCAAAAUUGCUAAAAAACAUCAAUACGAAAUUAAGAGUUGUUGGCCCCCCACAAUAACAGGAGGCAUCUCACCUUGCAUAAUUAUUGAAACACCUCACAAAGAAUCAGUAACCACUGACUUCUCAAGAUUCAAAAAAUACAGAUUCAGGAACCUCUUCAUAAAUCCAUCACCUUUGCCAGAACUCAACUGGGGAAAUUCUAAGGACGUCUGGCUCAACAUCCUAACGAAGGAGAACAGAUAUGCCCACUGCAAACACUUCACAUCACUACAUUCUAGUUUGCAACCUCACAUGAGAUCAAUACUGCUAGACUGGCUCUUGGAGGUGUGUGAGGUGUAUGCACUCCACCGGGAAACCUUCUACCUAGCUCAAGACUUCUUUGAUAGAUUCAUGUUGACACAAAAGAACAUUAACAAGAGCAUGCUUCAGCUCAUAGGAAUUACCUCAUUAUUUAUUGCCUCCAAACUUGAGGAAAUCUACGCUCCUAAAAUACAGGAAUUUGCUUAUGUCACUGAUGGUGCUUGCAGUGAAGAUGAUAUUGUAAGAAUGGAACUUAUUAUGUUAAAGGCUUUAAAAUGGGAACUCUGUCCAGUGACAAUUGUAUCUUGGCUGAAUCUCUAUCUUCAAGUGGAUGCUCUGAAGGAUGUUCCAAAAGUGCUGCUACCUCAGUAUUCUCAGGAAAAAUUCAUUCAAAUAGCCCAGCUUUUAGACCUGUGUAUUUUGGAUGUGAAUUCUUUGGACUUCCAGUACAGAACGCUGGCUGCUGCAGCGCUCUGCCACUAUACCUCAAUUGAAAUAGUUAAGAAAGCUUCAGGAUUAGAUUGGGACAGCAUUUCAGAGUGUGUACAAUGGAUGGUUCCUUUUGUGAAUGUGGCAAAAAAGGUCCCUGCGAAGCUGAAGAACUUUAAGAAGGUUGCAGCAGAAGAUCGACACAAUAUCCAGACCCACACAAAUUAUCUGGACAUGCUGGAAGAAGUGAACAGUGGAGUAGUGUCUACUGCCCCAGGGCAGUUAUCACCUGUGUCAACAGGAGGAAUAAUAACCCCUCCCAAAAGCACAGAAAAGAAAUGAAAUACAGUUUCAAUUGUAAUGAACAGACUCAGAAAC